AUGAAGCUUACCUUGGCCGCGGCUCUUUUUCUUUUGUGCUCCACCGGAGUCACGUCCUUACCAACAAACCCUCAACCAGGUAUUGAGACUUUUGGAGUUCCUGUGGAUUAUGAAGUGAAACUCGAGAAGCGUCGUGGUGGUGGAGGUAGCAGCAGCAGCAGUGGCAGCAGCAGUGGUGGAAGCAGCGGAGGUCGUUCGGGAAGCAGCAGUUCCAGCAGUGGCAGUGGUAGCUCUCGUGGGGGUUCAUCCAGCUCGGGGUCAUCCAGUUCAUCGAGUGGAUCGACAGGCAAAACCAGUUCCUCCAGCAAUACCGGGGGAACAACCAGCAAGGGUUCUGGCACCACAGCAUCCUAUGGCGGCAACAGGUACGAUAGUACAUUUUAUGGCGGCUACAUUCCGAGUAUUGGCUACAUUGACUUUAAUUGGCCUUGGACUUAUUACUCCGAAGCGCCCUCGGAAAAGAUUUCCACAAAUCGUAAAUACAACGGAAGAACUUACGGUGCAAACAGAUAUUACGCGGGAGGCGCAACCACACCUUAUCGAGCCGGUUCACGCUCAGCAUUGGGAAUCACUCCAUUCCUGUUACCAGUGGCUGCUCUGGCUUUCUUCCCAGGACUCUGGUACCACCCCGCCUACGUCUACGAUUACAACGAUAAUUACAACUACGUUGACGACUCCACCAAGAAAAACGUGUCAAUGCCGGUGGCUUGUCUAUGUGAGGAAUAUCAAGAGUGUGGUUGUGACAAUAACACCAACAGUACUUAUUACGAGUCUUUGUUCAACGGCACCCAACCCAAAAACAGCAGCGUGGUGACCGUGGCCAAAGUCAAUGACACGGAGAAGAUCUAUAUCAAUGGUACCUUGGCCAAUGGAACUACAGCUGCCGACAGUUCCGCCGCCUCAGGGGCUAUGGCGACUAUGUUACAAGCCAGUGGGUAUUGGGCCACUGCGGCUGUGGUGCUUGCUACGGUGUGGGGUAUCUAA